AUUUUCUUUGGCUCGGUCGUGUGUCGAAAGAAUUGUGUGAAAAAAAUAGAAGUUCUAAGAAAAAUCUAAGAAAUUAAUUUAAAAUUUGUAAAUAACCACAUUAACAUCGUGUUAAUUUUAUAUAUUCACUUGACUGACUAUAAUUUUUAAAAUGCGUGGAAGCCGUGGUUAUAGUAGUCGUGGAGCAGGACGUGGAGGUGGUAAUUAUCGGUCCUCUAAUUCUUAUGGUAAUCGCGUUCAAUCUUCGGGCGGACGUAGCGGCCGGUACGGUGAUAAUUACAACUCAGGUGGUGGUGGCGGCUCUUCUCGUUACAAUUCUGGUGGCUACAGUGGUGGCGGAAAUAGUAGCAAUUAUGAUUCUAGAAAUCGUAGUAAAUUUUCUGGUGGUGCCAAUCGUCAUGAUACUCUCAAUAAGCGUCAUUAUCGGGACUCAUCUCGUGAUCGAACCGAUGAUAGAAAACGUUCUCGCCAAGACGACUAUCGUCGUACAACUUCAGCCGGACGUAAUCGUACAUCACCGUCUCAAGCGGUAUCUGGUUCAAAUUAUCGUUCAAAUGCCGGUAGUGGUUCAUAUCGUGGCAAUACAAGCCGUACGGAACGUGACAAUUCCACUUCAAACCGCCAUCGUUCACCUCUUGGCCCACCAAAGCGUACUGUCCGCAGUGGUUACAUAUCUAAAGUGCGUGGCACAAUGUCCUCAACAGGCCGUGGCAUGCGUUCAACAAUACGUGGUGGCGGUACACGUCCUAUUCGCAGGGAAUCGGAAAAUAUAAGAAUAAUGCGCAGAAAGCUAUUAUUUGCUCAGCAGAGAGAACGUGUAGGUGCGUUGAAACUCGCACGCUUCAAGAGCUCAUUGCGCCGUAGAAAUAAUGUACGCCGUUCAAAAAGUCCACGUGCAUCACGUAGCAUUAGGAAACGUGAGUCAUCUGGUGGUGAAGAGAAUAAGGACGAUGAUGAUAAGAGUGAUGAUGUUGAUACCAAGAAAAAAUCAAGUAAACGUAGUAGCAGCAAACGUCCGAAGUCUGCAGAAAAAGACGGCGACGAACAACAGUCCGAUGAAGAUGUUGAUGAUGAAGAUUCGUGGAAACAGCAAAAAGAUGAUUUGAAUACUUCUAGUAAGAGUAAAAAGGGUGAGGAUGGUUCGGUUGCAGAUGCCGAUGAAGCUGAUGAAAAUAACGAUGAAGAAACCGAUGAAGUAGCUGAAACAGAUGGUGACAAGGACAAGGAAUCUGGAGAAAAGGAAAUAAAAAAAGAAGGUAAGAAACGUGAAAAGGAUGGAACUGAAGAGGAAGAUCGUAAAAAGGAGAAGGCUACGAAGAAAUCAUCAAUCAAGGAAGAAAAAGAAUCAAGUAGCUCCAAAAAGAAAACCGAUCAUAGUGAUGAUGAACAUGAUAAAAAGGAGAAAACCCGUAGCUCACGUCGUGAUGAGCAUAGCUCACCUAGAAGAGGUUCUCGAUUUAUAAAACUGACUUGCAUUCAUUGUCGCACUAAAUGUGUGACUUUCAAAGAUUAUUCUUAUCAUUUGCACUCACGUGUCCAUAAAAAUGCAGUUCGUCAAAUUGCUGUACGUCAAAAGGCACAUUUGUUACGUUUGCGCGCACGUCAACGUGCCACACAACGUGAAAUCGAGGAGAAUUCCAAGGAGGAACAUGAACCAAAAUUCUGUCAUUUAUGUCGUUUGCAUUAUCGACAACCAAAAGCUAAACAUCAAUUGUCUGAGGAUCACAAGACCAUGAAAAAAUUCUUAAUGCCCUAUUGCUCAACCUGUCAUUUGGCAUUCAAAAGUCCUAUGUUGUAUGAGACCCAUCGUUGCUCGUUGGAACAUAUUAAAAAUAAAGCUCGCAAGCGAGAUUCAGAUAGUGAUAACAGCGGUGACGAUGAUAUGCGCGAAAUCGAUUUAAAUAAAUUUACAACACUUGAUUCAGUGGGUGAAAUUGAUGAAAUCGAUGAUGAUAUGGACAUCGAUGCGCUAUUGAAUGACUCCGAAAUUGGUGGCAUUGAUGAAGACGAUGAAACUAAAGAACGCCAACCGAUUGGUGCACAAUAUGUCAAGAAAAUUGAUGCAUUCUAUUGUAAAUUGUGUAAUCAUUACUCUGCCGCUAAAGAUACGUUAGAAUCGUAUACUUCAAAGCAUUGUCUUUUGCGUACUCACCUUAAAGCAUUUGUACGUCAUAAGGAAGAGGAAGAGAAAGCAGAAAAAAGAAGGAAAGAACUAGAAGAAAAGGAAAGUGCUGAAGCAAAAGAGCAGGAAAAGAAGAAAGAGCGUAAUUCUAACGAUGAGGGUGCUGAUGAUAAUGAGGAAAAAGAAGAAGGUGCAGUUAAUGCAGGAAAAUCUGAUAUUGCCGAUGACGAUGAAGAAGAAAAAAGUGAAGAAGUUGAAGAUGAAGAGACUAAUGAUGCCGAUCACAAUGAAAAUACAGAAAAUGGUGACGAUCAUGUAGAAGACAAGCUAUGGGAAGAGGUGGACAAAGAUCUUGGAGAUUUUUUGCGCGAGGUAGAACCUGCAGAAAAUAAUGGUGGAGAUGAUGAUGAAAUGGGCUACGAAGACGACGAGGAAGGAGAAGUUCUUAAUAUUGAUAUUGAAAGUGAGAAACAAAAGUCAAAAGAAAUAAAUGGCAAAAAAGACGAACCUGAGACUAAACAUAAAUCUAAAACAACUGCAGCAAAGGUUAAUACUCCAACAAAGGCUGCUGCAACACCUAAAACCGCUACAAAGUCAAAGCCCCAGCGUAAAAGCACAUCAGCUAAAUCUUUGGCAGACUCAAAGGAAAAGUCCUCAAUAGCGACUAAGUAAAUUAAAUAGAAAUUAUUUUGAAAUUAUUUCAAAGUAACUGCAAAAAUUUUUUUUUGUAUGAUAACAAUAUCAUCCUUAAAGUGUUAAGAUUAAGAAUAGCAUAUAAAUAUAUCCUUACAUUUUUAAUUAUGUAAUGCAGAAAUAAUUAUAAUUGCAAUCUAGAUUUAGCGAUGUC